AUGGCGGCCGCCGUGUCCGUUAUUGGUGUCGGGGAACUGGACGGAGGGGCAUGGGCGUCCACCGACGAGGAUGAGGGGGAGGUGUUCGUUACCGAGGAGGAGCGGGGGCCCCGACUGGAGCCCCAGGAGGUCCGGAGCCGAGUGGAGAGGAUGAAGAGGGAGGUGAGGAACCGGAGGAAGAUCCUCAUCAAAGGCCUCCCGGCGGACGUCAGCAACCAGGUGAGGGCCACGUCCUUUGUCACGUUGCUGAAUGGAGAACAAGCCGAGUCUGCCAUCCGGCGCUUUCACCGCACGGCGCUCCGUGACCGGGAGAUCUCUGUGCAGCUGCAGCCCACCGACGCGUUGCUCUGCAUCGCCAACCUGCCCCCCGGCUACACCCAGCAGCAGUUCGAGGACCUGGUCCGGCCGUUCGGCAAUCUGGAGCGGUGUUUCCUGGUGUACAGCGCCGUUACCGGACAUCCCAAGGGCUACGGCUUUGUGGAGUACAUGAAGAAGGACUCGGCUUCCCGCGCCAAGUCAGACCUGCUGGGCCGGCAGCUGGGAUCCCGUACGCUGUAUGUUCAUUGGUCGGAUGUCACCCAGCUGACCUAUGACCUGCUUCACUCCCACUGCCUGUGUGUGCAGCACCUGAAGGAGUGCGAGGUCACCGAGCUGAGG